CCUCAGUAGUAUAGCGCAGCAGUCCACAACAGGGAGCGUACUAAGCGACGAAUCAUGCGACUACCGAAUCGUGCAAGGUGUUUCCAGAUAUAUACCGGACCGAGAGUCGCCUGUGUGUGUUGCUCGCGGUCCUGACUCGAGUUUAAGAGGAAAAAAAUACAUCGCGCUAUUGUACUUGCGAAAGGGAAGGAAACAGCAACUUUUGUUUAAUCUGGAACGCUGGGAUCAAGAGGACGCCUUCGUGGUCGAUGAUUAGAAUACGGCCGUUCAGCUAGCUCUGGUGGCAGAGCCGCUGGCUUUCCCAAUUUCUCUUUCUCCUUGGAUCGGAGCUACAUAAGCACAAUGACACUGUUUUAUCUGCCCAGGUCCUUAUUUUGGGUCCUGCAUUUUACGUUCGCCGUGGCGAUGAAGCCCGUGCCCAGUCUAAGCAGUACCUACCGAGAUCUGAAUCCACAUCUGGUACAGCAGUUCUCUUCUGAAGGAAUUUCCAACUACAGUGUCCUGCUCCUUCACCCAGAAUCAGAUACUCUGUAUGUAGGAGCCAAGAAUGCCAUCUUCGCUCUGAAGACCAAAUCUCUGAAUGAGAAUCCCAGAACUAUCCAUUGGAACGUGUCAGAGAUCAACCACAAGUCGUGCAGAGACAAAGGAAAGAGCGAGGCUGAAUGUCACAACUAUGUGCGGCUGCUGGAAUUCUACAACUCGACACACAUAUAUGCCUGUGGAACCUAUGCUUACAACCCUCAGUGUACCUACAUCAGCAUGUCCCAGUUUACUCUAGAAACGAAAACGGAGAGUGGCAGAGGGAAAUGUCCAUUUGAACCCAGCCAGCAGUUCACCACCGUGAUGGCAGAUGGAAUUUUGUACGCUGCAACUGUCAACAACUUCCUGGGCACAGAAACUCUGAUAUCGCGUGCAAUGGGGAGUGAGGCAGAGCGCAUUCGAACAGAUACUUCUCUCUACUGGCUUAGUGAGCCAGAGUUCGUGAGUUCUGCUUUUGUGCCAGAGAGCAAGAACAGCAACACUGGUGAUGAUGACAAGGUCUAUUUCUUUUUGACGGAGACCGCCAGAGAAUACGAGUUUUAUGCUAAAGUGAGAAUUCCCCGUGUGGCUCGAGUUUGCAAAGGUGACAUUGGAGGCCAGAAGACCCUGCAGAAACGCUGGACCACAUUCUUGAAAGCACAGCUCGCUUGCGAGGAUCCUGAGACUGGGGGUCGAUUCAAUAUUCUUCGUGAUGUGUACACAUUACGGAUUGACCCAGACAACUGGCAAAGCACCCAGUUCUAUGGAAUCUUCUCUUCUCAAUGGGAACGAGAAGAGGUCUCUGCCAUCUGUGUCUAUACUAUCAAGGACAUUAGCCAUGCCUUUAAUGGUGAUUACAAAAGAGUAAAGUCUGACUAUGAAAAUUCACCAAGCUUGGAGCCUCCACCGAGUCCCCGACCUGGAGCGUGUAUCACAUCAGCAAUAAGGGCACAAGGGUACACCAGCUCUCUGACUCUCCCCGACAGAGUGCUGACAUUUGUGCGAGACCACCCUUUGAUGGAGCAGCCUGUGCUCUCCCAGGCCAUACUAGUCAAGAGAGGCACAAAGUACACAAAGAUUGCAGUGAACAUCUCCCAUGCCGGCAAAGAUUCAUUUUCCAUUUUGCUGCUUGGGACAGACCGAGGGGAGCUCCAUAAAGCUGUUUACAAACAUACCAGUAAUGAAAACGAAGCACUGAUGAUUGAUAAAACAACAUUGUUCUCGACAGAACAGCCAAUCCAAAACAUCCAGCUAUAUCAGGACUUUGUCUUUCUUGGGUCUCCCAGUGAAGUGGUAAAGCUGCCACUGGCCAACUGCAGCCGGCACAGAAGCUGCUAUGAGUGUGUUCUUUCUCGGGACCCAAACUGUGGUUGGAAUACCAAUCAGAAAGAGUGUGUGUGGUUUCAGCGUGAUGCGGGGCUUCUCCAAGAUGUCAAUGUUGGAAAUGCUACAGGUUUAUGUCCUGCUGAAGAAGGAAUCUGUUCUCCGCCUCAAAAGUCUAUGAAAGCAGCGCUUGGUUCUCGUCUAAUCCUCUCCUGUUUACCCCCAUCCACUUGGUCAUCCUGUACCUGGAAAUACCCCAAGCAGUUUCCUGAUCCAAAGCAACAUGUUGACGGUCUUGAGAUCGUAGUAUCCGAGGAAAGCAUGGGGGAGUACAAAUGUAGCUGUGCUGAAAACAAACUGGGCUGUGACAUGGCCUCCUAUGAGGUGAAUCUUGAGAACCCUUUGAACAAGGCACUUGUUGGUACAGAGAGGAAGUACACCGUGGGAGUGUCGUUUUUAUUAUUCAUACUCGGAGUUGUGCUUGGUGCUGCUGGAAUCUGCAUUUACAACAGAUUGACAGACACCAAACCCAAAGAGCCAGAGAAGCUGGGACUCCAUUAUGAGGCUACUCCUAACACACCCAGCAGCCCAAGUCUAGCAUCUGAGGGCAUUCCCCUCACAGCUAAAAAGAAUGGCUUGGCAAAUGGACAUACCCUUUACAGUAAUAUUAAUGAAAUAUGUGAAGAAAGUAAGGAGAACGGCGACACCCCAGUGAUCAUGAAACUUGUCGGCACUCCUUUGUCCUCAUGUGAAGAAAGCUCAAUUUAAGAUGGACAUUCUUUGUCUGGGGCAGCAAGAUAAAUAAGCAUCUCCAAACUCUCUUAUUGCUAUGCUGCUGUUUGCUACUUGUGGAUUACAAAUUAUAGAUUUUUUCUCCUGACUGUUUAGAACUGCAGGAAGUAAGGAUUUGUGAUGCUCUCUUGAAGCUUAGAAUCGUUCCACCAAGGCAGCAAACGAUAUACAUUGAAGUAGCUUUCCAUUAGGCCAGCACAUCAGCACAUUUGGAGUCUAUGGAUGCUUUGGGUUUCUCUUCUGACAUGUCAAAGGAAAGGAAAAAGCAGCACAAUAUGAAGAGAGGUCUUUGGGUUCCAAAUCUUUUAUUUGCGAGAGUGAUAAUGGUUUCUGAUAGACUUGAGCUCUCCCCUCAUUCUGUGCCUAAGCCCAAUUUUAGCCCUUGCUACAACUGACAGCCACACUUGAGGCUCUGGUUUUGCACUGGAAUGAUUUUCUCUCUUUUUAAUGUUAAUUUAUUGUACUUUUUUUUUUUUCUCUUGGAAUGAUUCAAAAUUUCUAAUUCAAGGAAGUAUCUUCGAUUUGCACUGCACAGCCCAGCUUUCACAAUGAUCCAGUGUAAUGGCUGAAGAAUCCUUGGAUUUGAGCUCCAGAUGAGCUGGCUUCUGAGCCAUAAAUGGCAGGGCUUUCUUUGGGCCCAUUGUAUGGUCCUCUGCACCUUGUUGUGCCAGAGGAUUAGGAGCUCUGGGCCUCCAUGGAUCAAAGAAUACUUUUGCCGUUUUCUUGGGAAGGGGAAGUGGAGUUGGUUUUAAGCUAAGAAAGCCCUUUGAACCCAAGUGGGAAGUGUAUGGAUGUGUUAAUAGGCAUGCUGUUUUUGCACUCUAUUAGAACGAAGCAGAAAAGGUAACCAUGACUGUGCACCAAAGAACGGUCAGGGGCUGUCCGUUUGUAAAGUUCUGAUACUCUUUGUUUACCUUUGUACAUGGAGCCCUGAAGACACCUGUUUUUAUCUUCCACGACUUGCCCCCAUUUUAGAAAUCCCACAUUCGAGGUGGCACGUGCUGCUUAUGUGGCAUCAUGGUGACAUUUUCUCACAGGCUUUUCCUAAGGAAAUGGAUUGUGUUGUACAGUAUGAAAAGAACUGCAUAUUCUCAGCAUCCUAGCAAGUGUUGUAAGACAUUUGCUUUCUUACUUACGUUAACUGGGAAAUUAUCAGGAAUGAAUCUACUGGGAAAUCGCACAACUUCAGCACCUUCUAGAAAAUGAACGUUAUUUGUACAUAGCAUGUAUAAACCUGAAGGACAGUUUUGGAGUUUGGAUAUAUAUGCUGCUGUAAAUAGAAAAUAUGGUUAAAAUGCUGAUGUAAUGCAUGUGGUGGACGAGAGUGAGAAUCCAAAUGUCUUUUUUUUUUUUGCUUCUAUACUCUGUUCCAGGGAGCCCCCAUGCUGUUCUCUUUAUGAUGGCGUAUGUUAAAUUCACAAAGCUACAAAGAGGUGAGCAUGAUAUGGAGCAGUGGAGUUUGAAACCUGUGGCUUUUAUGUUUGAGAACCUUCUGGCCAGUAAGCUGCAGUGUCUGCCUGCCCACAUGGCUUAGCAAAAUGAGUCAAUUGGCAUUUUCCGUGAUAAAUAGCAUUCAAGCAGAGUUUGACAUAGAUGAGUCCUGGCAGUGGCAUACAGCUGCCAUAUACAGUGUCCUGCUCAAAGCCGUACAGAUGUGAAAUGUCAACCUUGUGACCACCAUGUUGUUUUCUGUAGCAUUUUAUUUGCUGUCCUGUUUUAUCAAUAUGGCUACUUAGAGCUUCCAGACCUCUCAUUCUUAUGUGCAAUGUAAGGUCAUUCACUUUGAUGACUGCCAUUUUGUAGGGUUGACUGAAGCAGGAUCUUUGAAGCUCGGUUUACACUUGAGCUAGUUCCUUCUUUAGUGCACCUUUUGGUGAAUUGUCUUUUCAUUCAAAAAUAGGCAGCAGUGUAUUCUUUAUUGUAGUCGUUUAGUGAUAUUUUUCAACCUAAAAUUGAUUAAGUACGAUUUUUCUCUCAGAUCAUUCUCCAUUUUUAGAAAGGUACGCGCAGGCACUAAUAGCAUAGGGUUGUUACACAUUUUUAUUUGCACCACCAUCUAUAUGUUAAAAAAACUGCACACAUCUCUUCAUAUGGGAAGCUGUCAUUUUAUAUGUAAGCAAAACUCGACUGGCAUGAGACUUCUCAAAAUUGGCAGCUUUCUAGCAUUUUAUGGAGUGUGACCACUAUGCCAAGUUCUAUUAUGUUAUGUUAUUAUAUCCUCAAAGUUGCAUCCUGAUCAUCAUCACCACUCCGAAUCGAAUUCAGAGUUACUGCCAUCCAUCUUCCAAAUUCCACUUACCCAGGGCUGGCAGGGUCACAGUCUAUCCCAGCAAGUAUUGGGUGCAAGGCAGGAACAACACCUGGGCAGGGGCCAGGCCAUCUAGGGUGAACACACACACACACACACACACACACACGGCCCAGUUUAGCCAUUCCACCUAACCUGCACGUCUUUGGACAGUGUGAGGAAGCCACAUCGGGGGAACAUGCAAACCCCAGUUUCCUUGUUGCAAGGCACUAAAGCAUUUAAAUCGUUUGAAAUCUAUCAAAAUAUUGUCCCU